AUGUCUUAUCCUGUUCUUCCCAACCUCGCGCCGGCAACACCACAGAGAGCUCUUCCAGGAGCUUAUUUACAGACCCCAGCUGUCUCGAGACACACAUCAGCCCAGUUGGGUCAACCCACACAGGCGCCUAUACCGCAAACACCACUCCCAAAGCUGGCUCCAGCCAUUUCGACACAGAAUCAGAGCUUGAGUACCGAGGAACGCGGUGCAAAGACCGUCAACGAUACAUUGAUCCAAGAAUCGCGCUAUCCAGACCUUGAUAGUUAUCUAUCACAGGGAUUCUCGUCCGAAUAUGACAUUCCGACAUCACAAUCAUGGGUCCCUUUUCAGAAGGUCAAAAUGUACAGCAUUCCCGAUCAAAUUUUUGAUCAAUACAAUCGCGCCCAGGUUUCGACCAGUAUGGGUUUGUUCGCUGAGUUGAAUCAUGCUUGGGUCGCCAUUGACAACGCUCUCUACAUCUGGGACUUCACCCAUCCCAACCCUCAAUUGGUCGGAUUUGAGGAGCAGCCCAAUAGUAUCAACUCCGUUAAGUUGGUGAAACCGCGCCCUGGAGUCUUUCUCCCUGCCAUCACUCAUUUGCUGGUAGUUUCAACGACUGCGGAGGUGAUUCUGCUGGGUAUGGGUUGCGAGCCCAUGGUUAAUGGUGGAAUUUCGGUGUCCUUGUACCAGACAGGAAUGACUGUCGCGAUUCGCGGACUAGAUAUCCACGUAUUUGCAUCGUCUGAGUCUGGCCGUAUCUUUUUCGCUGGCUCGUCUGACAAUGACGUCUACGAACUAACAUACCAACAAGAGGAGCGUUGGUUCCAGGGCCGAUGCGCCAAGAUCAACCACACUAGUUCACGGUUAAAUGCCUUUGCGCCAUCGUUAAGCUUUACCAACCUGACCCAGCGAUCUAUGGAGCAUGUCGAGCAGAUGGUAAUUGAUGAUAGCCGCAACUACCUGUACACACUGUCAUCCGAAUCCACGAUACGUGUUUUUCAUCUGAAGCAAGACGGCACUAUGCAAUUGUCAAUCACCAAGCAAGCCCUGGAUAUCUACUCCAACAUUGGACAUAUUAUUCCAUCCAAUGAAACAUUGAACCCGAAAGUGAAGAUUGUAUCUAUCAGUCCUAUUCCUGCGGCUGAAGCAUCACGGUAUCAUCUUGUUGCCACCACAGCUACUGGAUAUCGCAUUUACCUGAGUGCUACCGCAGCAUACAGCUGGUCUGGUGCGUCGAACGUCGUUAAUGCUCCCACCAGUAUGCAAGCCCAACAUGUGAAAACACCCCCCGUUGAAAACGCCGUCGACAUGGGCUUCCCUCAAUUCCAGCCCACUGGGAGCAGACUCCCAAUCCGAUCUUUAGCGCCCACCCAUAUGGCUGCCCGGUUCCCCCCCGGUUAUUUCUUUUGUUUCACUUGCAAGGACGCUACACAAAAGAUCGACAGUCUGUUCAUUUCAGCUCCUGAUUCCGGCCGUGUGGCUCGUUUCUCAGAGCUCCAGAAUCUGGAGAAGAAAGGUGAAUCCGCUACUUGGGUGAGCCUGGGCGGCCGUGUGGAAGACAUUGGACUCUGCUCGAAGCCUCUUCCUGCCGUUUCAGGUGGAUUCGGUAACGAAAUGGCUAUUCAGUUUGAUCAACCCGCUGCUGAGGUUGCUAUCCUGACCAACACUGGAGUCCACGUCAUCAGACGCCGACGUUUGGUUGACGUGUUUGCGUCCUUAGUGCGCGGCGGUGGUAAUAGCGAAGAUGGUCUUGACGGUGAAGUAAAGACAUUUAUGCGUUGCUACGGCCGGAACGAGAUGAUGGCUACUUCUCUUGCAGUUGCUUGCGGUCAGGGUGUCGAGAUCUCUCCUGACCAGCGAUUGACUAAGAUAGUCGACCCGGAUGUUCUUGAAUUUGCUCGCAAAGUCUUCAUCGACUUUGGUGGACGGCCUCAGUCAGAUGACGAUAAUAUGGUCGACAAGACAAUCGACGACGUUAAGCCAUCGUCCCGACACAACGGUACUGCUUUGUAUAUCUCACGUCUUCUCCGGUCGAUUUGGAAGAAGGAAAUUGCCACGAUUGGCAAGGGAUCUAAUGGUGCGAUGACAGUUUCCUCCUCGAUAGCUGCUGCUAAGCUCCAAACCAUUCAACAUGAUCUUUCGUCUUUGAAAGAGUUUUUCGAUACCAACAAGAGCUUCAUUGAAGGUUUGAAUGGACCUGAAGCCUUAGCCCGCGUUUCUGGGAAGUCCGACCAAGUAUCACUACAAGCAGAGCAUCGAGCCAUGCACUCGCUCACAAAGCUGGUGACGCAUACCAUCGAAGGAAUUUCCUUCGUCUUGGUCCUUUUCGAUGAGCGUGUGGAUGAGAUUGUGGCGACAUUGCCAGACGUGUCAAAGCAGCGCUUCCUCCAGCUGACUUAUGAAGAGCUUUUCAGCACCAGCAAGGGCCAUGAAAUCGCUAAGGAGCUGGUAAAAGGUAUUGUAAAUCGCAACAUUGCCAAGGGAUCUAAUGUUGAGACUGUCGCCGACGCCCUGCGUCGCCGUUGCGGCAGCUUCUGCAGUGCCGAAGAUGUCAUGAUUUUUAAGGCACAGGAGUUGCUCAAGCGUGCUACAGAGGCAGGCGCCAAUACUGAACUGGGCCGCAAUCUACUAAACGAAAGUUUGAACCUUUUCCAGAAGGUAGCGGACAGACUUCCCAUGGACUAUCUUGUCGCCGCCGUUGACAAGUUCAUUACUAACCAAUUCUUUGCUGGUGCCAUUGAACUGGCACUCAAAGUUGCCGAAAAAUCAGACGGAGCCAAUCUUGCGCUCUCUUGGAUCAUGGACGGCCGUCCCCAACAGGUUCAUACCCCCAUGGCAUACCACGACAAACAUCAUCGACUCACGAAUAGACAGGACCCCCGCAAAGAAUACUUCCUUUUCCGCAAACAAUGCUACGAUUUGAUCUUCAAAGUGACCAUCGCUGUCGACAAGAUCUCCGAGUCUGAUCCCGGUUUCAUUGAUGGCCAACUAACCGCUGUCGCUAAACGCCGGAACGAAGCCUACGCUGUCGUCGCCGGUUCCUCGGAUGAGGUGUUCCUAACAAGCCUGUAUGACUGGUAUCUCGAACAGGGUUGGAAUGACCGCAUCCUCUCGACGCAGUCUCCAUAUGUUGUCACUUAUCUUGAGCGCAAGGCGCAAGAUGAUAUUACCCAUGCUGAUCUACUUUGGUGCUACUAUGCACAGGCACAGCGUUAUUUCGAUGCCGCUAAAGUUCAGCUAUUGCUUGCCAAGAGCCAAUUCCCCUUACCUCUUAGCCGUCGUAUUGAAUACCUGGGCCGCGCCCGUGCUAACGCAUCCACCUUGACUCCAGAUGUGGGACGCCAGGCCCGACAGCGCCUGCUCCAGGAAGUUUCAGAGCUCAUCGACAUUGCAAACAUUCAAGAUGAUCUGCUACAGCGCCUUAAGGACGACGAUCGCCUUACGCCAGAACGCAAGCGGGAAGUACUCGCCCACGUUGACGGAGCGGUGAUGGAAAUUAGCGAACUUUUCAACCAAUAUGCUGAUAGCGCAAGCUACUAUGACAUCUGCCUGCAAAUCUUUUACAUGGCCGAUCAUCGCAAUGCUGCCGACAUCAAGUCUACCUGGCAGCACCUGAUCGAAGAUACGCACGCCGCCACCGAAAAUCGCGGCUCGCCCCAACCUUACGAGGCGGUCAUCGAGAAAGUUCGCAGCCUAGGAAGCCGACUGCGAAUGUCCGACACCGUAUUCCCCAUCCGUGAGCUCAUUCCCAUGUUAGAGCGCUAUUCGCUCGAGCACCAACGCCACAUUGUCCCAUCGCACUGGAUUGUGGAUCUGUUCAUGGACCUCGGUGUCCCACACGAUGCGAUCUUUGCCGUUCUUGAAGCCAUGUACUACACAGAUGAGGCACCUUUCCAGGGUUCUAACCGUCGCUUCAUCGCCAGUGACCUUCUUUACCUGUGCGAGGUCUGGUUCCGCGAGAGUGUGCGCCUGGGAGGGUUUGCAUUUGGAUCUGAUAUUGUCGCCGAGAGAGUUAUGGAGUCCCUCGACAUCUUGCAGCAGGGCCAAGGUAACACACAAGAAAUGGUUGAGCGUACUAAGAAUCUGCAGCGCAGAUUGGCUAAUCUAAUCCGUUGA